CUUGUAUCGAGUUAUUACUUUAUAAAGUGAGUUUUGUAAAGUGGUCGUCUCGUGUUGCGUCAUCACAAACACAGUUAAAUAUCUUAGUUUGAUGAUGUUUGUACGUGCUUGUUAAGUGUGCGAAAAGAUUAUUUGCAAAAUUAGCUGCAUUUCAUUUCCGUUGCAAAUUCCGAAUGAUCUAAGAUUUGGACCCAGCUAGCAUAGUUUUAAAUUUUUGAUCAGUGGUUCUUGUUUUUUAAUGUUUUUUAUUUAUUUUUAUUUGCUAUAUGUGUGAUUCAGUAUAAUUUUUGUAGUUUAAGUUGAAAGGCUUUCGUAGGCUAUGCACAAAUGCUCUUUGUGAGAAAUAAAUAGCAUAAAGUAAUAAUUAUUUAAUAUUAGCUUUUUCUUGCGGCAAAUAUAAUAGUGUUAAUAAUGCAUUUCGUCACCGAGAGAGAGAUUUAUCAUAAAUCACGUCUGUUAUAAAAGGAAAAUAUCUUAACAUCCCUUAGUAAUGAGCCCACCACUUUAUUUUCUACAAUUUUGACCAAAGUGAAAAAUUACGUGAAGAUGAAUGCUUAUGCAUUUUCAUUUUCGGUUGACUGAAGACCAUGAGAGACUCGGUAGCAAGCCGGCCAUGGAUUUAUCGAGAUAUCGGAUAUCGGCACUGAGAGAGAGAGAGAGAAUCAGAGCAGAGUAUGUACAGCGGAGAGCGGAAGGUCUUCUUGUUGUUGUGUUUGAAGAGGAGAAAGAAUCUGGAAUGAACAAGGCCGCAGGUACAACUGGGUUCUGAAGCUCAAUGUAGUUUGGAGAUUACACGUUGGAUCGACAGGAAAACAAGAUUAUAUAAAAAAGGGGGACACUGAACUUUAAGAAAAAAAAUAAAUAAAAAAAUAGCAAAACAGGAAGGACGAGAAUAGGAUUACACGUGUAACAAGAGGAAGACUGAGAGAAUAAGAAUAAAAGGUAAAAAAAAGGGCCUUUGACAAAAGGAAAGGAGAUACAAAAAUUGCAAGCGAAGAAAGGAAAAAAAGACUAACGCCUGAUUAAUCCACUUUACCUUGACUUUCCAGAGUGAGUUAAAAGAAAAUCUAAAAAAAGAGGAAAACAUAUAGAUUAAACGAGACCUCAGAGGGAGUGUGAACAAACAUCUUCAUUGCCAUUCCACGAGCGAAUGGUAUACCUGAAGAGGCGGAGGAGACUUACUGACGAAGAAGAAGAAGAAGAAGAGGCAGAAGGCUUUCAAGAAUAUACAGCAGCUAUCGCAUACAAUGCUCAGUUUGAUUUCACUUGUGUUCUCGUCUGUCCUGCUGACGAUCUCUGCAGAUGGAGCCACGCUCGAGGCCAUCAAUACCGGCCCUCUGUAUUACUCUCACGUCGUCAAGGGCGGCAGAGCGGAAAUGCCCUGCGACAUCAGCACAGCGGAUCCGACGGACAGGGUCAAACUCGUGCUUUGGUACAAGGACGGCAUCGGCACGCCUAUCUAUAGCUACGACUCCCGAAGCGACACCCGCUCGGUGAAGGUGAGAAACUGGUCGGACGAGAAAACCCUCGGCGACCGAGGUCACUUCGACACCAAGUCGACCCCGGCGGCGCUGGUGCUAGACAACGUCCGGGCGACGGACGAAGGACUUUACCGCUGCAGGGUCGACUUCCAGAAGAGUCCUACGAGGAACGCGAGGACGAAUGUCUCCGUUAUAAUUCCGCCCAAUUCUCCAACCAUUUUAUCCGAAAAUGGGCUCCAAGUGUAUACGACAGUAGGCCCAUAUGACGAAGGGGCCACUAUGACCCUAAUAUGUAAUGUCAAAGGAGGUAAGCCUCCCCCUCAGGUGACCUGGUGGAUGGACAGGAAACUCGUGGAUGACACGAGCGAGAGCACGCGUCUGCACAGCGUCUCCAACACCCUGAAGGUUGAGGGGCUCACCAGGAGACACUUGCAGGCGACGCUCACAUGCAAAGCUUCCAACACCAACUAUAGCGACCCGGUCUCUACUUCCAUCGCCAUAGAGAUGAACUUCAAGCCCCUGUCAGUAAAGAUCCUCGGGUCACUAGAGCCUCUUUCAUCCGGCAAGGAGUACGAACUGGUGUGCCAAAGCGUAGGGGCACGCCCGUCUGCCUCGCUCACCUGGUGGCUGGAUGGGGUCCAGUUAAACAACGCUACUACCUCAACAGCCAGUUCGGGCAACGUGACCCUGAGCACGCUGACCUUCGUGCCCAACGAAAACGACGGAGGGAAGUACCUGAAGUGCCAAGCAGAGUCUCCGGUGAUACACCACACCCCUUUAGAGGACCAGUGGCUUUUAGAGGUCUAUUACACGCCUCAAGUUUACUUAGCGAUGGGGAGCAAUUUGAGCCCCGAGGACAUCAAGGAGGGAGACGAUGUCUACUUCGAGUGCAACGUGCGAGCUAAUCCUUGGGUGUACAAGGUCGUCUGGCAUCAUAAUGGAGUGCAAGUCCAGCACAACGUCUCCGGCGGAGUCAUAGUCAGCAACCAGAGCUUAGUGAUCCAGCGAGUUCGCCGCCAGCAGGCAGGACUAUACACUUGCGUGGCGUCUAACAUCGAGGGGGAUGGCCAGAGCAACGCCGUCAUACUCCAAGUUCAGUAUGCACCUGUAUGCGCAGAAGAACAGACGCACGUCUACGGGGCGGCGAGACACGAGGAAGUAUCAGUGACCUGCCGUCUGGACGCCGUUCCCCCCGUCGUCCACUUCUACUGGAGGUUCAACAGCAGCGGCGACGUCGUGGACAUUGCCGAGAGUCACGUGGCGUCGCAGGGCCUGGAGUCCUCCUUGUCGUACGUCGCCAGGACCGAGCUGGACUACGGCACCCUCCUCUGCUGGGGCAGCAAUAGCCUCGGCAGACAGAGGAAGCCCUGCGUCUACAAGGUCGUCCCAGCGGGUCCUCCGGACCCCCCGGACAACUGCAGCCUGACGAACCAGACGACGGAGGCGCUGAGGGUGAAAUGCAUGCCUGGGUACGACGGAGGCCUGGACCAGAGGUACAUCAUCGAGACUUACGAGUCGGACACCGGGAGGCUUCUGGUGAACAUUACGGAGACCUCGACGCCAGACUUCACCAUCAGAGGCCUCGAGCCCGGCGCCUCCUACCACAUCUACGUUUACGCGGCCAACAUAAAGGGCAUCAGCGACAAGAAGUACCUGCAGGGCUACACCCUUCGGGACGUCGCCGAGAGGCGGACGGCGCAAGUGCGUCCGCCCCCGGAGGAGAUGGUCUCCUUCACGCCUAUCCUGGCGGUGAUCGUGGGCGUGGUGGUGUCCCUAGUCCUGGUCGCUCUGGUGGCCGUGCUGAUCGUCAGCCUCAACAAGAAGAAGCGCCCGAGGAACAAGAACGUGGCUGGUCCCCUGCAGACGUCCCUGGCUGACAACAGGGAUCUGGACGACAAGAAUCCUGAUCUGAUUCCUGCCAAUGGAAACGGCGAACCGGAAGGGAAGAGUCCCACCACACCGGAGGAGGGUGGAUUCGGGAGCGUUCACAUCUGCGCGUCGGUGCCGUAUCCCAGCCCGGGAAACGUCUAUGGAACGUAUCCCAGAAAUCCUCGGACUAUGGCGCCCAACUCUCCGCAAAAUGGUGAGCUUAUGUACGCGGAGUUGUCUUUCCCCAGGGGCGCUCCCCAGUACCCCCAAGGCACGAUACCCCGACGCAAACCAGAGCCGACUAUAUAUGCCCAGAUAGACCACGGCCUGGGCCCCGUCCCGGUGUCGAUGGGCGUCGUGCCAGUCAGCGGCAUGGGAGGCAGCGUCGUGGGGACCUUAGGUGGCACCAUGGCGUGUAACAUGGGCACUGGGAGCAUGUGCCACACGGCACCCAUGGUCAGCAGUGGGUUAUGUAGCAGUCCGACCGCCAUGAUGGGCAUGAGCGUGGCCGUGGACCCUGCAAACCUCUCCGUUGCGUAUACGACCCCCGCCCCUCCCCCCCACGGCUUUGGGGGGAAUCCCCUAACUCCCCCCGUGGUGCCCGAAGAGGACGAGCAACCCACCGCAGAGACGCCGCUCAUGAACAAUCACAAAGAGAGCGAAGUGUGACCCGUGGCUGACGUGAGUCAGACUAAGUUCUAGUCCGGUCUCGUCUCCAGUUCUUUUUCCAAGUGGGUGCUGAGGAUCGUUCGUUCACGCCAUGCCCUGCAUCUGGAGCUCUCUGCCGACCGACUUCCAGGCCGCCUGACGGUUUCCAGAUUCGUGGUCACAGCGUUGCGGGAGUGAUAUCCCAUCGCGAACGGGACAAGAAGAAGAAGAAGAAGCAGAAGCAGAAGAAAACUAUGUAAUUAUAUAUUCAUAACUGAUUUUGUUACAGAAAGUGUUUGUUCACUGCUUUUACAAGCUGAAGGUGGCGUACCGUCACUGUCUUACUCACCAAAGAAAGUUUAUGGGUCCUAAUUACGAAAUUCCUACCGAGUCCAUAUGAGCCUCAGUGAGACUGCAUCUUGUAUGGCCGACCUCUGUAUAUAAACUCUCUCAUGAAGAAAGUGCAUUUUUAAAUAUUAUUUUUACAUUAUUUUCCUUUUGUUUUCCCUCGGAUGUGUAUUUCCAUCCUGCCAGAGACUUGCAGAUUUUUCCAUAAACCGUCUGAAGUGUUUUCUCGAGAGAAAAUAUAAAAGUAAUCUUCUAAGACUUCAGGGCCACUGAUUUUGAAGAAGAAAUGAGUUCUGAAGGGAUGGAUCAUCAACGGAACAAGUGUAUAAACCUUUUUUUUUCCAAUGUUUUAAGUUUACGAAGUCCAAGUGAUUGAUUAUCUCAGCAUCUUGAGAAAUAAUUAUGCCUUGUCUCGUACACAAAGCAGUUAAUUCCUAACGGAAAAGAAGAAUAACAAUAAAUAGAAUAUAGUCAAAUUUUGCCAAGAAGACUUGGUGGUGUGAUACCACUAAUGUGACUACAGAGCAGAAGGUCCAGUGGUAAUGAAUGGGCUUUAGAACUAUACCUAAAACGCUUGUCCCAGAAAUCGAUUUUUCUGCACUGACAGUGUCCCCAUUUCUUAAGAAAAUGUCGAAAUUUUCUGUGAAUCUCCGUUGGUGAGGAGUCAGAUAUAGUUGGAAUGAAGAUGUGUGGAAAAGAAAUAAUAUAUCAACUUCAGAUAGUUAUUUUUUAUUUAAAGUCUAAGACAAAUAGUUUUCUACUAGACACCUGUCUCAAUCAGCUUGUAUGUGGUUAUCAGUGUAGACGACAGAGGAAAUAAAAGCAAUCGGAGACAAAAAAAAAAAGAGGAAAUAAUUCUCCGAUUUAUGUAAACAUAAUAAAUGUCUUUUGGCUGACUUCCAGAACUACAUUAGUAUAGUUAUAGAAAAUCAUUUUAACAAAAUGUAUAGCUCAGUUUAUACGAAAAAAAAAAACAA